AUGUCGAUAAAAGCGUCAGCCUUUCUCAGCUUUCGAAUAAACUCCCCCAGUUUCCGUGCUGUGGUUGUUCUGGUGUAUAUUCCUUCCAAAUCACUAGUGUACCAUUGUCUUGUUUCUCUCUUCAAGAAACAUGCCCCACUAGUAUAUCCCUUCCAAAGUCUUUUAUCCUAA